CAAGGAGCUCGACUCUAGGAGCGGUCUAGAGCCCGGGCGCCUCCUGGGGGGUGGGGAAACGGUUUCGUGAGGAGAAUUUGAGGUAACCUCGCCAACUCGCGGUCGGAAGCUCCUCUGAACCCCGAAAUAGGAGAGAGCUCCCGUCCUCUCUCGGUCCUGAUGCAGCACCUCGCAAGUGGAAGGGGUCUUCGCGGUUAAGCCUCCGGAUAGGGGAUUGGGCCCCUGCUGGGAUUCGCGGGCAUCCAGGCCGCUCCCUGGCGGGAUGAACUGUCGAGGGGCCCAGGGCAGCCCCCGCUAGAGGCCUGGUCGGGUGUGGGGUCCCCUGUCCCCUGUCCCGAGCCCGGGGAGGGGGACACUAUUUCUGGUACUCCCAGGAGGCUGCGGGUCGACGCUCGUGCCAGCCUGGGACCCAGGCAGCACGGUUUCUGUCCCAAAUUGUGCCAGAGAACACGCACGUCCUGGUUUUCAUUGUUCCCCGCCCCCUGCGACUCGUUUGUGGUUAAAAUUAUAAGACCUAAUUAUGAGUGAUCAAAUUAAAUUCAUUAUGGACAGUCUCAAUAAGGAGCCCUUUAGGAAGAACUAUAAUUUAAUCACGUUUGAUUCCUUGGAGCCAAUGCAACUAUUACAAGUUCUCAGUGAUGUUCUGGCUGAGAUUGACCCAAAGCAACUUGUGGAUAUCAGAGAGGAGAUGCCAGAGCAGACAGCCAAACGAAUGUUGAGCCUUCUUGGUAUUCUUAAGUACAAACCUUCAGGAAAUGCCACAGAUAUGAGUACUUUUCGUCAGGGUUUGGUGAUUGGAAGUAAACCUGUAAUUUACCCAGUGCUCCACUGGCUUCUUCAGAGGACUAAUGAACUGAAGAAAAGAGCAUAUUUAGCUCGUUUUUUAAUAAAACUUGAGGUACCAAGUGAGUUUCUUCAGGAUGAAACUGUGGCUGACACCAAUAAACAGUAUGAAGAGUUAAUGGAAGCCUUUAAAACUUUGCAUAAAGAAUAUGAGCAGCUCAAGACAUCUGGAUUUUCUACAGCAGAAAUAAGAAAGGAUAUCAGUGCAAUGGAAGAAGAAAAGGAUCAGCUCAUUAAGAGAGUUGAACAUUUGAAGAAAAGGGUGGAGACAGCCCAGAAUCAUCAAUGGAUGCUUAAAAUAGCAAGGCAACUUCGAGUUGAAAAAGAGAAAGAAGAAUAUCUUGCACAACAGAAACAGGAACAAAAGAAUCAGCUAUUUCAUGCAGUGCAAAGAUUGCAAAGAGUACAAAACCAGCUGAAAAGCAUGCGCCAAGCUGCAGCAGAUGCAAAGCCUGAAAGUUUAAUGAAGAGGCUAGAGGAGGAGAUAAAAUUUAAUUUAUAUAUGGUAACUGAAAAAUUUCCUAAAGAAUUAGAAAAUAAGAAAAAGGAAUUACAUUUUUUACAAAAAGUAGUUUCAGAGCCAGCUAUGGGCCAUUCUGAUCUUCUUGAACUUGAAUCUAAAAUAAAUGAAAUAAACACAGAAAUUAACCAGUUGAUUGAAAAGAAAAUGAUGAGAAAUGAGCCCAUUGAAGGCAAACUCUCACUGUAUAGGCAACAGGCAUCUAUCAUUUCCCGUAAAAAAGAAGCCAAAGCUGAGGAACUUCAGGAGACCAAGGAGAAGUUAGCCAGCCUAGAGAGAGAAGCAUCAGUAAAGAGAAAUCAGACCCGUGAAUUCGAUGGUACUGAAGUUUUAAAGGGAGAUGAGUUCAAACGAUAUGUCAAUAAACUUCGAAGCAAGAGUACAGAUUUCAAAAAGAAGCAUCAGAUAAUAGCUGAACUUAAUGCUGAAUUCGGUCUUUUGCAGAGGACUGAAGAACUUCUUAAGCAACGUCAUGAAAAUAUUCAACAACAACUGCAAACUAUAGAGGAGAAAAAGGGUAUAUCUGGAUAUAGUUACACCCAAGAAGAGCUAGAAAGAGUAUCUGCACUGAAGAGUGAAGUUGAUGAAAUGAAAGGACGAACAUUGGAUGAUAUGUCUGAAAUGGUGAAAAAACUGUAUUCAUUGGUAUCUGAAAAGAAGUCAGCUCUUGCCUCAGUUAUAAAAGAGCUACGACAGUUGCGUCAAAAAUGUCAAGAACUGACCCAGGAGUGUGAUGAAAAGAAAUCCCAGUAUGAUAGCUGUGCAGCAGGCCUCGAAAGCAAUCGGUCCAAAUUAGAACAGGAAGUUAGAAGACUCCGUGAAGAAUGUCUUCAAGAAGAAAGUAGAUACCAUUAUACAAAUUGUAUGAUUAAGAACCUAGAAGUUCAACUUCAUCGUGCUACUGAGGAGAUGAAGGCAUAUAUCUCUUCUGAUCAACAAGAAAAAAGAAAGGCAAUUAGGGAACAGUAUACCAAAAAUACUGCUGAACAAGAAAACCUUGGAAAGAGACGGAAUCUCACUCUGUUUCCCAGGCUGGAGUGCAGUGGCACGAUCUUGGCUCACUCCGCCUUCCAGGUUCAAGCAAUUCGCCUGCCUCAGCCUUCUGAGUAGCUGGAAUUACAGGCACAUGCCACCAUGUCCGGCUAAUUUUUGUAUUUCGUAUUUUUGUAUUUUUAGUACAGAUGGGAUUUCACCAUAUUGGCCAGGCUGGUCUCGAACUCCUGACUUCAGGUGAUCUGCCCACCUAUAUAGCAUGAGUCCUGUUUUCCACUUGAAACUCCAAGCAUACCUGACAUAUAACAGGUGCUCCAUAAUUAUAUCUUGAAUAAAUAAGUAUUAGGUUUUAGUAUAUAGAAUAUACUGAUCCUGUUGGUUUCUUGAGAAAUUUUUAUGUAAAUGGAAAUUCUAAAACAAAAUGUGGACAUUUCUCAGGCUUAGACUAAUAAAUGAAUUAUUUUAAAGCUAUCUGAGCUAUAACUAUACAUUCUUGAGUAAUAUGUCAUGUAUAUCCUCCUAGCUGGUUUUCGUUGGAGAACUAGAAAGGCAAGCAGUUUGACUUAGAGUUUCAUAGUGGCGUGAUUGCAGCUCACUGCAACUUCCACCUCCCAGAUUCAAGCCAUUCUCCUGUUUCAGCCUCCUGAGUAGCAGGGACUACAGGCACAUGCCACCAUGCCCUGCUAAUUUUUGUAUUUUUAGUAGAGAUAGGAUUUCACCAUGUUGAUCAGGCUGAUCUUGAACUCCUAAACUCAAGUGAUCUAUCCACCUCAGCCUCCCAAAGUGCUGGGAUUGCAGUCGUGAGCCACCACACCUGGUCCAUUAACCUUAAUUGAUAAUUGAGAAAACUGAAGUCCCAAGAAAUUAAGUGCCUUGCUUACCACUAGAGGAGACAAAACCAGAUUAAAACUGAAGUCUUCUGACUUCCAAACUCUACUUUCUUCUUUUCACACCAUGAUACUGUUCCACUUUCCUAACUAUCUUUUUCUCUCACUUCCUUUUAUAGUUUUGUGUGGCUUUUUUUGUUUGUUUUUGUUUUUUGUAUUUUCUUUGAGACGGAGUCUUGCUCUGUUGCCAAGCUGGAGUGUAGUGGCGUGAUCUCGGCUCACUGCAAACUCCGCCUCCCGGGUUCAAGAGAUUCUCCUGCCUCAGCCUCCUGAGUAGCUGGGACUACAGGCGUGCGCCCCCACGCCUGGCUAAUUUUUUUUUUUUUUUGUAUUUUUUCAGAGAACUAGAAAGGCAAACAGUUUGACUUAGUGUCAGGUUUAGUAGAGCUCUUGAUCUCCUAACCUCGUGAUCUGCCCGCCUCAGCCUCCCAAAGUGCUAGGAUUACAGACAUGAGCCACCGCGUCUGGCCUUAGUUAACUUUUAUAAUCUUAGUUUUGAUACAUUAUAGAGUAUGUGGUUUAGCUAACUAUUAUUUAUCUACUGUAGAAAACAUACCAUAUUCCUCUGACUAUAGCAAUAGAAAUAAACCCCUGUAACUGAGAUUUAAUUAUUAUUGGUUUUUUUAAAUGAUAGAAACUUCGGGAAAAACAAAAA